AUCACAAAGAAGCAGAAGCAGCAGCCAUGAGUUGGUGCUGAAACCCAAACAGACAGCUGUGUUGCAGCAGUAGAGGCGCCUGCUGCAGCCUGCAGGAUGCUCCGGGAGGCUUAUCCCUUCGUGGAGGACAGUUUCAGCCGCUUCCCGUCGCAGAGCAACAUUUACGGGCUGUGUCAGGCCGGCGAGCAGGAACUGCUGGCGGCCACUCUGAAAGGGAAGGUGGUGAGCUUCAGGUACCAGGAGCUGCAGCAGAAAGUGCGGCCAGUGGCCAAGGAGGUCCAGUUCACCUACAUACCAGUUGAUGCAGAGAUCGUGUCAAUUGACGCCUUCAACAAGUCCUCACCCAAAAGAGGUCUGGUCGUGGGGAUCACCUUCAUAAAGGACUCUGGUGACAAAGCCACGCCUUUCCUGAACAUCUACUGUGACUAUGAGCCCGGCUCAGAGUUCAACCUGGAGUCUAUUGCACAAAGCUGUCUGAAUCUGGAGCUGCAGUUCACGCCGUUCCAGCUCUACCACGCAGAAGUGCAGUGUCCUGAUGGAGGACUUGAGACGGUUUUUCUUCUCAGUGGUCAUGACCAGAGGAUCCACCUGUUCAAGGAGAACGCCUCCCUGCACCAGUUUGAAGAGCAACCAGUGGAGAAACUCUUCCCUGAGCUGCAACAGCUGCCCAGCAAUGUGUUAUGGUUAGAUAUGGUGAGUGUACCUGUUGGACGACGGCUCUCAGCAUAUGGCUGUCAGAACGGCUGCGUUGGACUGGCUUUGGUCAACCAGAGUGGACCAGAGGUUCUCCAGAGCUGGCGGGUGCAGUUUGACAGUCCGAUUUCCACCGUUCUUCUGUUUCCACUCAGCUGCCAAACCAAGUCCAGCGAGGCCAGCGGAGAGAAAAGUGAGGAAGAUAGUGGCUACAACCUUCUGAUAACCAGUACCAUAGAGAUGGCAGUGGUUUACAGAGAUGUCCAGGAGUGUGGUUUGGCCCGCUCCACGUGUCUGUCAGGCAGCGAUCAGUGGGAUGCAGUCCUCUGUGCGCUGGUCAUUGACCUGGACUUUGAUGGGCAGAAGGAAGUGCUGUUGGGAACGUAUGGACAGGAACUUCUUUGCUACAAAUUUCGGCCGGCAGGUAGCGGACGGGAUGGAGAGUUUCAGCUGCAGUGGAGGCGGAGCUUCAAGAGUCCUUUGCUGUCCAUCAUCUACCUUGACUUGACCGGGGACGGUUUGAGAGAGCUGGCUGUCCUCACACUGAAAGGACUGCACAUCCUACAGCACAGCCUUGCCUGCACUGCUGAUUUGGUCCUCCAGAGGCUCGCACACAGGGUGUCAGCGCUGGCCGCCUGCUCUGAGCUACAGCCACAUGAAGCAGCAGACACUGAGGACAGCCAUGCUCCAGCUCCGAUCCAGGGUGUUACCAAUCAGACUCCAGCGUGUUAAAGAUGUUUGUCUACACAUUAGUCCCAGCAGACCGCACUGGAAUGUUUGUCGUAGUUAAAGGUGAAGUGUAAAGGAUUAUCUCAGUGGUGUACUGCAUUUAGGAGGACUGAUUAGAUAAUCUAAAAUCA